GUGUGAGAAACUUCCCAUUUUAUAAUGAAAUGAAAAGUCAGAGAUUGGUUUUAUUAGAGAGAAACAUCACAUAAUGCAGGCUUGAAUCUCUGGAACUUCUCUGAAGCGUUUAGUAAGCGCACACUGACGGGAAAGGGGGCGGCGGGUCCCGCCUGUGACACUCCCGCCGCGUCUGUGUGGAAGACGUUGACCCGGAAGCAGCUAGCUGUGGCGCGGAGCCAACCAGCGGCUGUCAUCCGCCUUCCUCCUGCCGUCUUCUCGGCUGUCUCCGGACAACAGCGGCUCCUUCAGUCCACCCUCUCCUCCUCUCCGUGCCCUGCUGCCGGGACUCGGCGGUCCGCAGGCGCGAACAGCAGCGGACCUGAUCCACGCUCUCCCGGGGGAUUCGGAGGCGCGCGCUCGUGGUUCAUUCAGAGAAGCCGACUGGAGAGUCAAACUUCCCACCUCGGCCUGCCAGCAGCUUUGCUAAAUCAAUUCCAGUUGCUGCAGAAUCACUUUCUGCUAAUCAGGUUCUAACAUCCACAGCGUGAGCCGAACAUUUUGACCCCGCUCUGCUGCUUGACCUGAUUGCACAGUCGUCUCGGAAAAAUCUGAGGUUUGCAGCUGCAGAGAAAGUGAAAUCUGGGACGGCUAAGGUCAACCUAAAAAAGGUUUGAAAAGCCAGUGUCAUGACUGGAGCUGAGACCGAGGAUGAUAUCCCGCUAGCCGAAAGAAAGACCGUCACCGAUUUCUGCUAUCUACUGGACAAAUCCAAGCAACUCUUCAAUGGGCUGAGGGACCUCCCUCAGUAUGGACACAAGCAGUGGCAGUCCUACUUUGGAAGGACCUUCGACGUCUACACAAAGCUGUGGAAGUUCCAGCAGCAACACAGGCAGGUCCUGGAUAACAGGUACGGCUUGAAGAGAUGGCAGAUCGGAGAAGUCGCGUCCAAAAUUGGACAGCUGUACUACCAUUACUAUCUUCGCACCUCAGAGACCAGUUACCUGAAUGAGGCGUUUUCCUUCUACUCCGCCAUCCGCCAGCGCUCCUACUACUUCCAGGUCAACAAGGAGGACAGGCCUGAGCUGGUGGUGAAGAAACUUCGAUAUUACGCGCGCUACAUCGUUGUGUGCUUACUGCUUAACAAGAUGGACUUGGUCAAAGUGUUGGUGAAGGAGUUAUCUGAGGAAAUCGAGGAUUACACUCAGCGAUUCAACACAGAGGACCAGCUGGAGUGGAACCUGGUGCUGCAGGAGGUGGCAGCGUUCAUAGAGGCGGAUCCCACUGUGGUUCUGAACGACAACAACUCAGUGGUCGUCAUCAGCCACCGGCUGCAGGAGGAGAGCGCUCCCCCACUGGAGCAAGGCAUGGUUGUUGGUCAGCUGGUCCUCGCAGACGCGCUGAUCAUCGGGAACUGUAACAACCAGGUGAAGUUCAGUGAGCUGACCAUCGAUAUGUUCCGCAUGCUUCAAGCUCUGGAGAGGGAACCCGUCAACUUGGCUACACAGACCUCUAAACAGGGAACGCUGGAACCUAAUGAGAAGCCAGCCAAAAGGGAAAAUCCACACAAAUAUCUGCUUUAUAAACCAACUUUUAGCCAGCUGUUUACUUUUCUGUCUGCCUCUUUUAAGGAGCUGCCUGCCAACAGUGUUCUGCUCAUCUACCUAUCAGCCACUGGAGUUUUUCCGACAGGUCAUUCAGACUAUGAAGUGGGGGGUUAUGACUUUGGGGGGGUUCUCACAAACACCAACAGAGACGUAGUGAACGGUGAGACGGUGCAGAAGAGGAUACAGGCCCAGAAAGAAAUGCACUGCCUUCAUCCAGGAGAUUUAUUCCCUUUUACUCGGAAACCACUUUUUAUCAUCGUGGACUCUUCCAACAGUGCAGCCUAUAAGAAUUUCACCAAUCUGUUUGGCCAGCCUCUGGUGUGCCUGCUGUCUCCUACCAUGUAUCCUAAGACUGUACAAGAUCAGUCCCAGCGAGGGAGUCUCUUCACGCUGUUCCUCUACAGUCCGCUCCUGGCUUUCUCCUCUGUGUGCGGCCUCAGCAGCAUCCAGCGAGGGAUCUGGGAGAGGGCUCAAGAGUUUUUACGCAAAGUCUUCCGUGACAUUGGGCAGAUGAUAACUCGCUCACGGACCAUAGAUCAAGCCUUUUUGCAGUUUUUCGGUGACGAGUUCCUGCGGUUACUCCUGAUCCGUUUUGUGUUUUGUUCAGCUGCACUAAGACUUCAUAAGGUCUUUCGGGAGGCCCGGAGUUUCCCGGAGUCGUACCCGGAGCUGCCCAAGCAGGACACGGUGGAAAGCAGCCUGCUGCAGAAGCACAUUUUAGAGCUGGCAGCCAUGCUGGACGUGCAGAGCUCCUUCUGGGAGGAUUCUUUGGAAGCCUACUGACCUCUUCUCAAAGGGCAGGAGGCACGUGUGUGCACACAGACUCAACUGCCAGAGCCCUCCAGCUGAACUCCAUUUUCUUUUCCCUUUUGCAAAAGGUAAUCUAACAACCUGUUCAACCCACAAAUCUCACCUAUAGGGAAUUUUAAAAGCUAACCUGUCAUAGAUGAGAGUUUAUUGUAAAAAAACAAAAAAAUAACUCAACUCAUGAAGAAAAAUCAAAGCUGCUCAUAAUUUAAUUCUCUUCUUAGUUUCAAACUGCAGCUUUAAAUCAUAAAAAAUAUAGUUUGGGUAUUGUAAAGAAGUUGGCAUCCAUGAUUAUAAUGUUUAAUUUAUAUUUGUUUAUUGUGUUAACAUGUAUGAGAUCUGUAAGGAAUCCUUCAAGAUUAGAGCAUCAAAACAAGCCGUCCGUUUCUAUGCCUGUAUGAAAAUCCUCUGUGAUUUGUCUAAUUAAUAAUGAGCAUCAUAAGGCUGAAUCAUUUUUAGCAGAUCGAGUUAUUUUUAACAAAAAUAUCAGUCUACAUUCAAGCACUGACAGAAGCUGAGUGGAAAAAAAACAAAACAGCAGCAGAAAGGACCUCAUCCAUGAAAUUACCCACAAUUACUCAGCCCCUUUUAUUUUUUUAAUGUACUGUAUAUUUAAAAUUGUACCUAGAUGUUUGUGCACUCACCCACCAGCCUCUUUAAGAACAGUAUACAAGAGUGAUCAAUCGUGUCUGGAGUUGAAGUGUUUGGAGGAGGUUUGCUUCUUCUUUUUGCUUUUGGAGGUCAAAGGCUUUCAGAGGAGGAUCCAGGGAACGCUCAGAUUGACUCCGCCUCUCGUCGGUGCAGUUCCCACCGUUAGGACGAAUCAGAAAGAAAGCACACGAGUCCAAGAGGGCGUCACGUUUAAGAAACGCCAAGUAUUUUAGUGAAACUUUUGAGUCGAAGCACAUCUUACCCCCACUGCCUUCCAAACAACAGCUUAUUUAUUACUUAUAGAGCACUUUUUGAUCAACUUUUAGAAUAUUUUCCCAUAACAUUUUAACCUGCUGCCCUAGAUAUCAUGAAGAAACAUUACAAGCUUCUACGUUUACAAAGUUCGACCUCCGCAUCAUAAUCAGACCUCCGCAUGCUGCUAUCUAAGAGCUUCACUUACACUUAUUUGUACAGAUAAUUCCAUUUCUCUGUAGUCUUAAACAAAUAUUUUCUUCUUUUUGCAUUUUCCUUUUAAAACGUCCUUUUUUUGUUUCUUUUCUUUCUGUCUGUAGGAUUAAAUAUUGUUUCUAUGUUUUAAGACAUUCCUUAAAUCUCUUUUUGGGGACCAAAGUUCUCGCUUUAAUAUGAAGAUUUACCUCAUUCCAGCCUGAAUUUUGUCAUGUAAAGGACCAUUUAAAUGCAUGUUAGAUGCUUAAAUGAUGCACUUGUUUAAUUUAUUAUAAUUAUAUGUAAUAUAUAACUGAGCCAUCUCAAACAGCAAGUGAUUUAGUCUGCAAAAUGCCAAUUUAACCUGAAUUCCCACAAAUCUGUGAAGUUUUUCAUCCUGAUGUUUUUAUGACACAUUUCCCUAAAAUAUCAAUUGUAGCUCAUAAACCUUGUGCACAGAUGUAUCAUAAAAAAUCAAAAAUCAGCAGAUCCUUUCAUACAUACAUUUGCAAUAAUGAUGUUUACCAGCUUCAUACACACAUAUCAGCACAACCGAGUAAUACUGAGGGAUGCCAGUAAACUUGUUAUAAUAAAAAACUAGAAAAAGAGUCAAACUCUCUUGAGAGUUAUCGCUUAAAUUUGUAAAGAUGUGUUACAGAACGCUGAUCCAGGAAACUAAGCCUUUCUCUUUUGUUUAUUUGAUAUCUGCUACCGAAGUUAUUUUCUUUUAUUACAUCUUAACUAGUUUUCCAUACAAAUCUCUGUAAAUGGUCUUGCAAAACCACCAACUUUUUUAAUCAGGCUCCCUUCAUAUUCUGCAUCUGAGUUCUGUUUUAAUGUCCUACUGCAUCUUUCUGGCUUCCUUCAUGAUCAGCAGCUUCAACGGUUGAAGUUUGUAAAAGAGGCACAAGUUGGAGAUAAAGCUUUUGACUUUAUACCAUAAAUUGUAGCUUAACAUUUGAAAUCUUUCAUUGAAGCACUUUGGAUGUUUUCAUUUGUCAUUAUUGGGUGAAUAAUUUAAAAGUUUCACAUCGUCCCCGUCUCUAUUUUUAUGGGUAAAUAUUUAUCCCCCAUUCUGCCCAGUUUGAACAAGUGAAAGCUGGUGAGGUUUGGAUCAGCUCACUUCCCUCAUUCUCCAAACCAUCUCUGAGGUCAUCAGGUUCAGACACAGAUUAAAUGAGCGAUGGGUGGCAUGUUGAUGGAAGAUUUCUUCUUCUUGGCGGCAGGUUUUGGUGCUGAAGCAUCUGUAGGGAUGCAGGAACACAUACUCAUAUUUGACCUUUAGAAAGUCUCACCAGCCACUUCUUUAUAACAAGUCAAACAUUAGACUCAAUAUGUGAAAAAAUGUCAUAAUCAUAUGAUGAUGGAUUUUGAACCAUGACAGAGGAGCUCAUGCUCACAGAGGAGGUCAAACUGACAGCAGGCAGACCAUCUGAUCACUGUGUUGAUCCUUAUGCUGAAGCCCCGCCCCCAAUCCUCUGAUCAUAUGUUAAUACCAAGCUGAAAUAUUGCAGCAAUGCAUGCACAGGUACGAUCUACGAGCGUUUUUAGUGUUUAUAUUUGUUGACCUGUUUUGUGUGUACAUAUGAUGUAUAGUAAUGUUUUGACACUAUGUGUUUGUUCAUUUUUUUGGUCAAUAAUGUGUAUUGAAAAUAUGAUGAAGGAAAAAAAGGAGCAAAUGUCUAUGAGGCCGAUUUUGUUUCCUGAGUGUUUGUUUUUUUUUUUCUUUCUGUACAUUCCGUCAGUCUGAAGACUUUAAGCGAGCCAGAGGAACGUUCCAGAAAACGCAGCUCUUUAUACAUUUUCCUGUGUUCUCACAGCCCUUGUGUGGACCAUUACAGAGACUGUAGACUUGUUUUUACUCUACUUUUUCUAAGAAAACAGGUUUUUCCAGGGUUCAUUGGACUGGUAAGCUUUAUGACUGAUUUUUAUUUUUUUUCUGAAAGAUUCUGUUGUUGCUCUCUGACUAAAAUAGGACGACAGAUUUCUUCUGAGAGGUGUGAAUCCAGCUUAUAAACAGUCACGGACAAAAGCUACAGACCCCGUUUUUAGUGCAAAACAUAAUUCAAAUCAUCUUAUGAUGGUAUUGAGGCAAAUAUGAGAUCAGCAGGAUGUAGCUUAUUGAAUCAUUCUCCAUGUGAACGCAACUAAACGAAAAGAAAUAGGUUCAUCGCUUCAACGGUGGAUCCUCGGGACCAUUUAAAGAAGUUUUUGCUUUUAAGAGUUGAAGAAGAAAUCCUCUUCUGUAUUUAAAAAAAACAAAAGCACAAGUGAGGUUUACAAAUCUUCAUCUCAAAAAACUGCAAAAACUUCUAACAAAAAGUCCUGAAGUCCAAGGAGGAGAUGCACAGCUGUCAUGCACCGCUUCAUGUUGGUGAAAGCCAAAAAACGACAUACAAAUACCUCAUUGCAACUGUGAGGCAUGGCAGCGACGGCUGAUGGUGUGGGCUUGUUUUACAGCCUCGCAUCUGGAAAGCAAGCCCACACUUCCUGGAAAAGAGUUCAAUCCCAGCAGCAAAGACACAACCUUUGGGGUUUAUUUAUUUGCAGUAAACAAUCGUCGUUUGUAGGUUAUAUUUGCAACCUGAGAAAAGGUGAUUUGGUUUUAUGUUUCACAAACUCCAAAAUAAUUUAACAAAAAAACAGGGACCAACUUUUGCCCAUGACUGUUCAUCUUUCAGAUAUUUAUUUUUUAAUUGGUGUAUUUUUUUUUCAGUGAAAGGUAAUAAGCCUCCACAGAAAAGGGACCAGUGCAGAAUAUUGUAAUUAAAAAUAAAUAAAAAUCACUGACAAAUUAAUAAGAUCAGAUCAUGUGUAUAAAAAAGGUUUGGAAAAUAGUGUAAUAAUAGAAAAUGGAGAUAUUUCUAAAAUGUAUAAAACUACUGUGAUUGGAAUGCAAAGAGAAGUUCACAGCAACCAAAGCUGAACUCUCUUAGGAACACUUGUAAAAGGAAUCAAUCAUUAUUAGGAGGGCCAGCAGUAGAAAAAUACACAUCAUCUCUUCCAGAGAAAUGCACAGGUCCUUUCUACCUUUUACCAUGUUGAACGCGUUCAGAAGGUUUUAUAGACAUACGUGACUUGCUUGUUGCCAUCGUCAAAUGUAUUUUAAUAUUUCUGUUAAAAAAAAGAAAAAAGAGCAGAUGGUUAUCUGUAAGCAGCAUGUUUGCUUAGAAUAGAAAGUGCCAAAGACUGGUGUGCCCUCACUUUCCCAUUUCAUGGUUGAACCAGUUCAUGUCUCAGAUGUUUGGUUUCUCUGUGUGUUGCCAGAUGGAGUUAAUAAAAAAAGAAAAAGAUCUGGCUUCAUAAAAAAAUGAA